CGGGUGUCACCACACCACUGCUGCUCUCUAAAAAUAUCCUUACAUUCUAAUAAUUGUUAAACUUCUGUUGAAGUUGAUUCGGAUCUAUCCAACCAAAUCGUCUGAACUGGUAUUGGACCGAGACAGCCCUGCAGAGUCACUGCAGAUAUCAGUGUAUAUUUAGUGGCAAAGACUUUUCAGCACAUUUCACCCACGAUGUCUGCCAACAAGCAGCAGAGCAAGAGCUGUCCCAUUCCCACGCGUGUCCUGCACCUCAAAGACUGGUCUCAACUCCCAGACUGCUACAGUCAGACUCCUGGAGGAACACUUUUCUCCACCACACCAGGAGGAACCCGGAUUAUUUACGACAGAAAGUUCCUCCUCGACUGUAGAAACUCCCCCAUCGCCCGGACCCCACCCUGCUGUCUGCCUCAGAUUCCUGGGGUGACCAUUCCUUCACACCAUCCCAUGUCCAAACUGCAGGAACUCAAAGAGGAGUUGGAGGAGGAUAAGGAUCUGGCAGCUGAUGAUAACCAGUUUGAGAUGGACAUUUGAAUCUUUCAUUUACCUCCUGUGGAGAAUUGUCUCUUUUAUCUGCUGGGAUGUUGCUGCGUGGCCCAUAAUCAGCGGACAUCACACAUUCACCAGAUUCACAAGGCUUUUUAAGGAGCCAAAUGCCCAAAGGGUGUCUUACUCUUUUGUGUAAAAGUGUUUGUUAGAAGGUUACAAAAAGAAAAAGAGAAAUGUUUGUCAGUUCUUUAUUGUACAUAUGGUACUUUCUACUUUUUUAAAGAAAAUGUAGCAUUACAAACGAGUCAGGGCAAAAUCUUGACAAAAUCUCUCAUUUCUGAACAGCAUGUAUAUCAGCAAAUAUGUGGGUUGUUUAAUGGUAGACAUCGACUAAAUGCCAAAUGAAUGAAUGUUGCAUGCUUUGGUGAUUCAACUGAAAUAGCACAUCAGAACAAAUGUAAACCACCAUGUGCCAUCAGGGUUUUUCCUGGUGUUUUAUUUGCCUGGAUUCCUUCAUGUUUUAUCUUGUUUGGAAAAAAAAAAGACAUA